AUGGAGACCAAGCUGUCCAGCAUUGAUAGAAGGGAGGUUGAUUGCCUUAUGGGAAAUGAGUGGGAUUAUUUUCACCAACCUGCUGUUCGGAUUUCUAGUGGUAUCCUGGUUUUGUGGAAUAUAAAGUUGGUGUCAUUUGAGGUGUGUGAAGCUUCUUCACAGGUGAUCAUUGGUAAUCUCUCGGUUCCUAGCUUAGGAACAUGGAAGAUUGCUACAGUUUAUGGGAGUCGCUGCUGCAAGGAGAGAACUGAUCUUUGGAACCAGUUGGAAAAGAGCAUGGAGAAUUCUAUUCCUUCUAUUAUAGGGGGAGACUUCAAUUGCAUUUUAAAUAAGGAUGAGAAGAGAGGAGGUAAGAGGUUCUUAUUUUCUAAAGGACCUAGAGAAAUGAAGAGCUUCAUGGUGAACUCAGAUUUUCUUGAUAUUGGAUGUGUUGGGCCAAGAUUCAUAUGGUGUAACAACAAAGAGGGCACUUCUCGUAUUUGGGAAAGGUUAGACAGAUGUAUUAUGAAUUCAUUGGCUAUGCAGAAGAUUCCUUUGGUAGUAAACAGACAUUUGGCGAGGAUGGCGUCUGACCACUGUCCUAUUGUGAUUAAGAUGGAUGAAAGGGUGAAGCUUAAGUCGAAAACCAUCAAGUUUGAAGAUACAUGGAGAUCUUAUCCUUUGGCAAAGAGUAUAGUUUAUCAUUCUUGGAAGAAGAAUGAUGUUGGUAAUGAGUAUAUUAUCUUACAAAAGAAGCUUAAUCGUACCUUGAAAUCCUUUUUUUUCUGGAGUAGAAAAAAAUGCAAAGACUUGAAUGCUUUAAAGGAAAAAUUGAAGAAGGAGAUCCUUGAUCUGCAAAAUAAGGAAGCUUUGAAUGAUAAUUGGUCGGAUGAUGACCUUUUUGAACUUAGGAACAAGGUACAUGAACUCAAUAUUACUAUGAGAAGACUUUCAACUUGGUGGAAUCAAAGGGCUAAGGCUAGGUGGCAUGAGGAAGGCAAUGCAAAUUCCAAGCUUUUUCACAACUUUGCAACGGCUAGAAGGAUUGGGAACCGUAUUUUUCAAGUCAAAGAUGAAGCAAAUAAGUUGCAAGAGGAGGAGGAUCAAAUCGAGAAGGUCUUCAUCGACUUCUUUGAGAAGAAAUGGAAGCAUAGAGAAUGUGAAAUAACGGGCUGGCCUUCUAUUAUGGAGAAUCAAAAGUUAAAUGCUGAAGAUUUGGAGUUAUUAAAUACUGAAUUUACUGAAAAGGAGCUGUGGAUUUAG